AUGAGCCAAGCGUCCCUCACAGUCGCCGUAUGCCUCUUCCCCAGGGUUACCACCACGGACUAUCAAGGGCCUGUCGAGCUUUUGGGUCUUCUGUCUGCCCAGAAGGUUAAACCACCCAUCUUAGCCAAAAAUGCCCCAAAUUUCACCAUCGACAUCACGUACUUGUCUCACACCUUGGAGCCGGUCCAACCCAUCGUUGGUCCGCGAGUUCAACCCGAUCGCACAUACGACGAUGCACAAGAGCAGUUUGACAUAAUCCUCGUUCCUGGAGGACCAAUGGUCAACCCGCCCAGUGCUUGCAACGACUUCAUCAAGCGGCAGAGCCCCGGCGCAAAGUACAUUCUUAGUGUCUGCACAGGCUCGUUAGUUCUGGCGCGUCUUGGCUUGCUUAACGGUCAUUCGGCAACUACGAACAAAUCUGCAUUUAGGGCCGUGCAGGCAGAGACGAAGGACCUUCCCAUUACCUGGGUAGAGAAGGCGCGCUGGGUUGUAAGCGAAGACAAGAAAAUCUGGACGGCUUCCGGUAUCACCGCAGGAAUGGACAUGGCUGGAGGAUUUUUAGACCACAUUGCGGGAAAGGAAUACGGCCUCGUCUGCCGGUCUUUCCUGGAAAUGAGCGUCAAGAACGAGGGUGAUGACGAAUUUGCGGCAUACCAUGGGCUUGUGUAA